UGACGAUGGAUGUGAAGCGUGUGAAGGACUAUAUCUAUUGGCUCUACUUCCAGUACCUGCUGAUCACCUGCAGCUAUGUGCUGGAGCCCUGGGAGAGGUCCAUGUUCCACACCAUCACCGUGACUGUCUUCGCUAUGGUGCUGUACACAGCUUACGUCUUCGUCCCCAUCCACGUCCGCCUGGCCUUUGAGUUCUUCUCCCAGAUCUUUGGGGGCCAGCCCGAGAGCACAGGGUCCAUUGUGGACUGAACUCUCCCCAGCAGUCACCAGCAGCUCCUGCAGCUUGUGAAAUGCAACAUCUCCUCCAGCUUGGUGUGUUUAUUCUGAAGCUGCUCGGAGGCUCCAUCCUCUCUUGCAGCACCAGGCCUGCUUCUGCACCAUGGCUGAGCACUGACCGCUGGCUGUGCAGUCCCUGCUCAGCACAGCCCAGCUUUUGCUGUCUGACAAUGGAGCACAUCACCUGGAAUGCCACCUACUCACCUAAUAUUCAACCACCUCCUGCUUUCAGCACCCUCACUGAGUCCCACUGGCAUGUAUGAAACAGCAAAGGCUUUGUGUGACGGCUGUGAGGAGGGGGUCCCACGCUCAUGACACACAGAGAAGCUCUGCCAAGAGGGUGCUGUGGCAUCGUGGCUUCAACUCAGGUUAGAGAAGAUAAGGAGAUGAGUAAAUUGCAGCAUGGUUUGAGUGCUGGUAGCUGGCUGCUUAUUGACUUCUGCUUAUUGACUUCUAGUUCUUACUGACUUCGGGCUCUGCGUGGAUGGGGAAGGAAACUGGAAGCAAAAGUAACAGGAGUGUGAACUUGAAGCCAAUCUUCUGCACCCAGAUUGCUCCAUCUGAGCUUAGAUCAUAGAACCACAGAAUGCUUUGGGUUGGAAGGGACCUUGCAAGUCAUACAGUCCAACUGCCCUGUAGGCAGCAGGGACAUCAGGUUCCUCACAGCCCCAUCCAUCCUGACCUGAAAUGGUUCCAGGAAAGAGGCUUCUACCACCUCUGUGUUCAACCUGGGCCAAGGUCUUGGGCCAAGGCUUGACAACCCUUUGAGGGAAGAAAUUGUUCCACAUGUCCAACCUAAACCUCUCACAACUUGAGGCCAUUUCCUCUCACCCUGUCACUUGUUCCUUGGGAGAAGAGACCAAUCCCCACCUGGUGCAACCUCCUUUCAGGGAGUUGUAAAGAGCCAGAAGGUCUCCCCUCAGUCUCCUUUCUUCCAGGCUGAACAACCCCAGGUUCCCUCACUGAGAGCCACCACCCCCCAGCAUAAAACCAUUCUUUCUUCCCUCUAAUCUGGAUCUCCCUUGUUUAGUUUAAACCAAUCCCUCUUGUCCUGUCCCAAGAGGCCCUGCUCAAAAGAUUGGCCCCACCAAAGGUGGUCCAUCCAAGAUGGCCAGCAGGAGCAGGGAGGUCAUUGUGCCCUGUGCUCAGCACUGCUGAGGCCACA